AAAUCCAAUAGCUGGUGAUAUAGAUAAUGAGUACUUUCAAUCCUUUUGUAAAAAUAUAGACAAGAAAAGUGAUAUUAAAAGUCAAAUAUUGAUUCCUGAUCUUCUUGGAUUAAACAUCUACGAAAAUGCAAUAUAUUUUUGUAGUUCUGUUUCUCAUUUACAUGAUGGCAUAUUUCUAUCAUUGAAAAAAGCCUACAAAACUAGUGUUAAAAUGAACAAGAUUACAAAAUCACUAAAUAAGCAUGCUUUUGAAUUGGAUAAAGAAUUUUCCAAUGAUAAUGACCAUCCUAAUAAAAAGUCAAGAGUAAUCAAAUAUAUUCAUCUUUAG